CGGUUCUUUCAUCUGCUUGACGCUGGCUAUUGGUCUGCUGCUGUGGGUUUCUCUGUUGCUGCUUCCUUCGGCAGUCAGCUGGGGAUUUGUUCUCAGCGGGCUCUCAGUUGCUGUGUUGGUUCUGGGCUUAUGUUCAUUCCUCAUGGUUUUCAUCAUCUCGCAGUUGCUGUCUCUUGGGUUUCCAGCUUUCCUCCAGCUGAAUUUUCUGGAUCUUCAGCUGGACUCUCAGCUGGCUUUUGCUAG